CGUAAAUAAGAAACACACACCUCGUGGCAGUGUCGCUUGACGGCAAUGUGUAAUUUUAGAAAAUCGACAUGGCUUCCUCGGUAAUUUGCAGAGAAACACAGAGCAGGGUGAGUUCAGUGCUAAACAGAGACGUGAAGCAGUAUGGAAAGAAGUACAUGUUUGACUGCAAUGAGGAGACGUGCUGGAAUUCAGACCAGGGUGAAUGUCAGUGGGUGUCUCUGGAGUUCCCCCAGUCUGUCACGCUAUCAGAAUUAAAGGUCCAGUUCCAGGGAGGCUUCUCUGCAAAAACAUGCAAGCUGGAAGGUUGCCUUAAAGAUGGAGACUUUACAGUGAUCAGCCAUAUUUACCCAGAAGACAACAACUCGCUUCAGAGCUUUCCCAUACAGGAGGCCCCUGCAGUGGACAAAGUAAAAAUAAUAUUUGAGAAUAGUGCCGACUUUUUUGGGAGAAUUAUUGUUUAUUCCUUGGACAUCCUGGGGGAAAACGCUUCAUGACCAUUUUUUAACCCUCUCGUGAGAGAGGAAAUGACCCCUGAGUAAAGUACAGGACACAGAAUGGUGUGGUGGCACUUGGGAAGCAUGUCAUCUGCACUGCCACCUCCUCAACUGAUGUGAAUUUGGCCUUUUUUGGUAUGGACAUUUUCAUGGAUCUAUCUGGCAUUCUCUCUUCAUUACCUAAGGACAGGAGGCAUGGCAUGGAGUCUGAAUCAGUGUUUUAAUUGCAGAUUUAAAUGGGUUUGUUGUGUUGAUAAGAGCACUUGUAAUCCCUUAUAAUCUAUAUCUAUAUUGUGCCUUUGAGAUGAAGUGGCAUUCAAGUGGAACAAACAGUAUAAAAAUACAUUUUUAUUAAAACUUGUUUACAGUC